AUGUUACCGGAUAUAGAUGGCCUUGAGGUGUUAUUAAGAUUACGCUCUGCUAAAGUAAAAACUCCAAUAUUGAUUUUAUCGGGUCUUACUACAGUUGAUCAAAAAAUAAAAGGUUUGACCAGUGGAGCAGACGAUUAUUUAACCAAACCAUUUAACCGUUCAGAACUAGUUGCGCGUAUUCAUGCUAUUAGCCGUCGUUCCAAAGGACAUUCUGAGUCCGUUAUUAAGUUUGAUAAAGUUACUAUGCACCUUGAUACUAGAACGGUAGAAGUAUCAGGCACAAAAGUGCAUUUGACUAAUAAAGAAUAUGCUAUUCUAGAACUAUUAGUCAUGCGUAGAGGAACAGUGCUUAGUAAAGAAAUGUUUUUAAACCAUCUGUAUAGCAGUAUUGAAGAGCCAGAGAUUAAAAUUAUAGAUGUCUUUAUAUGUAAAUUACGUAAAAAGUUAGCGGAUGCUGCUGGGGGCACCAACUAUAUUGAUACAGUCUGGGGACGGGGGCAGAUAAUAUUAACUGGUAAAGUGUAUAUUAAAUAUAUUAAUGAGAUAACUACUCUGAAGACAGGGGAUAUUCAACUUUUAUUAAAUGAUGAUGCUAUCAGUGUGAUUAAAGGUGAUUAUGAUAACCUCAAGGUUAGUGUUAGUAAUAAUUCUGUUAUUCUAAUAGGGGGAAAUGGUAGCGGUAAAACAAAUAUACUAGAAUCAAUAUCACUAUUUUCCCCAGGCAAAGGGUUGCGGUCAGCAAAAUUAGAAAAUAUAUGUAAGCAGCUAGCAGAUCAUUGUGAAGUUUAUACCUUACUGCAAAGUAAGAUGGGUCCUGCAAACAUUGUAACCAGUUUUAAACGGGAAUCGAGUAGAAGGGUGACCGAAUUUAAUGGCAGCAAAAUACAAAACAAUGAAUUAAGUAAAUUUACUUCUAUGCUCUGGCUUACUCCGCAGAUGGAUGGUAUAUUUGCCGCUAGUACUACCGAUAGAAGAAAAUUUUUUGAUAGAAUAGUCUAUAAUUUUAUUCCAACUCAUGCUUAUGCCGUGUCUAAAUAUGAAUAUUACAUGGACAUACGUAGUAAAACCUUAUCGCAAGAGCAAAUAGACGACAACUGGCUUAGCGUAAUUGAAGGUAAAAUGGCAGAAUUAUCUGUGGAGAUUACCAUUAACCGGUUAAAAACUUUACAAGAUAUACAAAAAACUAUAGACGAUUUUGAUAAUAAUUUCCCUAAAGCUACUUUAUCACUUAAUGGUAUUAUUGAAGAAAAGAUUUUAAAUGAUAAUAAAAUAGAACUAGACUAUAUCAAGCAGAAUUUUCUAGUAUUGCGAAACCGUGAUAAAAUCUCUAACCGUACAAAUUUUGGAGUACAUAAGAGUGAUUUUCUGGUCAGUCAUAGAGAAAAAAAUACAUUAGCAAAACUCUGUUCCACUGGCGAACAGAAAGCAAUGUUAAUUGCUUUAAUACUUGCUCAGGUUAAUUAUUGUAUUAAAGCAGAUAUAGCCAUGCCGAUUUUACUGCUAGAUGAAGUUUUUGUUCAUCUCGAUGAAGCAAGAAGAGGGUAUUUAAUUGAGCUUUUCUUAGAAUUAAAAUUACAACUAUGGGUUACCGCUACUGACCUUAAUGGGAUAGAAGCUUUAGUUAAAAAAGCAGAAUUAAUCAAACUACCGGAUUAA